AUGUCUGAAGAAAUACCAGAGUACAUUCAUCAUUAUAAAAUCAAUGGUGUUAUUGGCUCUGGUGCUUUUGCUACAGUAUAUAAAGCAUAUAAUCCAGAACUCAGGCGUCUUUUUGCCAUUAAAUGUUUCAAAAAAUCAAAUUUGAAAAAUUCUAAAGAGGAAGAAACAUUCCAAAGAGAGAUUGAUACUAUGGCUUACAUGGAUCAUCCUGGGUUAGUCAAAUUGCACAAUAUCUUUGAAGAUGAAAAUAAUUUCUACUUAGUUUUAGACUACUGCGCAGGUGGAGAGUUAUUUGAUUACAUACUCAAGAAGAAGAGGCUUGAUGAGCAUACUGCAGCACUAGUAUUCAAGCAAAUUGUAUCGGCAAUCAGUUAUUGUCAUUCUUUUGGUAUAGCUCACCGUGAUUUAAAGCCUGAAAACAUAUUAAUUGAUAAGUUCCCUAAAGUAAUGAUCUCGGAUUUUGGUCUUUGUGGAUAUCUCAAGGAAUCAACUUUGAUGUCUACUUUUGUCGGUUCACCAAUAUAUACAGCUCCAGAGUGCCUUCAAAAUCAGGAGUAUGAUGGUCGUCUUAGUGACAUUUGGUCCCUUGGUGUAAUCUUGUUCGGAAUGGUUACUGGCGAACAUCCAUGGAAAACAAACAAUACUGCUAUAAUGCUCAAACAAAUAUAUAACGCUGAUUUCACGUACCCAAGCUACCUCUCAAAUGAUGUUAAAGAACUUAUUGGUUCAAUGUUGAAAGUUGACCCAUUAGAAAGAAAGUCUUUAGAAAAUAUUCUUAAGAAUGAUUGGUUUGACAAUGAAAAGAAGUCGCCAUUUUCAACUUCAAUGGUCGGUAAGAAAUUAUUAACAAGAGAAGAACCUGAAGUACCAGAAAUUCAAAUGUCAGCUCUUGCAGAACAAUCAAGAUGUGCUAGUAAACUCAGAUUCGAUCAUAAUAUUGUUUCACCUUUUACAAAUGACUUUUCUCCAAGAAUGUAUCAGCCUCACUUAGUUAUGAAACUCAAAUGCGACUCUCCGAAGCCUCUCUGUGCUAAACAAAGCGUUUUCAAGAAAGCCGGAACUUCAUUAUCAAUGCAAAGGCAAAUGAGUUCAUUAUCAAAGAGCGCUUAUUCAUUUAUAGAGUUAUAA